GCCCACUGUGCCCGCUCGCGAAGGUUAACCAAAACGAAGCUUCUAGAUUCUUUCGUUCCCUCUCUCUCUCGCCUACACAUCACUAGCUCUUCGCCAGUGCGCGUGCAUUUUACAUCUUUUGCUCCUUGCAAACUUCGGCAACAAUAAUAGGUAUUAACCUAAAAAAUUAGCCCGAGGAACUUUUGCGUCCACUCAUUACGCGUUCGGCAGGGUCCGUAAAGCGAGUGAUAGUUAUCGUAUAAAAAAUUGUGAUAAAUCAUUUACAGCAAGUAAAAAGUUUGUACAGUUGGCAGCAGGCACACCAGUGUUGCUGCGUUGAGCGCGUGAAAAUCUUCACACAGUAGGCGACGCCACCGAUUCGCUGCCUCUGCCAAGCUUCCAGACGAACCGGCACUCGACGGCAUACGUUCAUUUGAGUUGAAACGAAGAUCUUCUGCAAGGAGGCGGUUAGUUAUCGAUUUCUUUAGUGGAGCGUGGCUUUCACUGAAGCAAACAUGGAUGAAUAUAAACAAGAUCCGAUGGUCCAUCUGGAGCUGACCGGGAAUUCCGGCCUGGUUCUUCGCAGACCGUUCGAUCCGACUGCACACGAUCUUGAUGCAUCAUUCCGCCUAACCCGAUUUGCCGAUCUGAAGGGCCGCUGUUGCAAAGUGCCGAAGGAAGUGCUGGAAAAGUUGGUAUCGUCGUUGCAACAGGACUACAUGCAGGAUCCGGAACAGCCCUUCAUGCCGAUGACUUCGCCUCGCAUUGGCAUUGGGCUGGACUGUUCGGUUAUUCCGUUGCGACAUGGUGGUCUGUGUAUGGUGCAGACAACGGAUUUCUUUUACCCGAUCGUUGAUGAUCCGUACAUGAUGGGCAAGAUCGCGUGCGCCAACGUGCUGAGCGAUCUGUACGCCAUGGGAGUCACAGAGUGUGAUAACAUGCUGAUGCUGUUGGCCGUUAGCACGAAAAUGAUCGAGAAGGAACGAGACGUUGUCAUUCCGUUAAUAAUGCGUGGUUUUAAGGAUUCCGCCUUGGAAGCAGGAACGAGUGUGACCGGCGGUCAUAGUGUGGUGAAUCCGUGGUGCACAAUUGGUGGAGUAGCCACGACGAUUUGUCAGCAGAACGAAUUCAUCGUGCCAGAUAAUGCCGUAGUGGGUGACGUGCUGGUUCUGACGAAAGCUCUCGGAACGCAGGUCGCAGUAAAUGCGCACCAAUGGUUGGAUCAAUCCGAACGGUGGAACCGCAUUAAGCUCGUUGUAUCGGAGGAAGACGUACGGAAGGCGUAUCACCGCGCCAUGGAUUCAAUGUCCCGACUCAACCGUGUCGCUGCACGGCUCAUGCACAAAUACAACGCGCACGGUGCCACCGAUGUGACCGGGUUUGGACUGCUUGGUCAUGCCCAGACGUUGGCGUCCCAUCAAAAGAAUGAGGUGUCGUUCGUGAUUCAUAACCUGCCCGUGAUCGCCAAGAUGGCGGCCGUUGCCAAGGCUUGUGGCAAUAUGUUCCAACUGCUACAAGGCCACUCAGCAGAAACAUCCGGCGGACUGUUGAUCUGUUUGCCACGUGAACAAGCCGCAGCCUAUUGCAAGGACAUAGAAAAGCAAGAAGGAUGUCAAGCCUGGAUCAUCGGUAUCGUUGAGAAAGGGAGCCGCACGGCACGAAUCAUCGACAAGCCGCGAGUAAUCGAAGUACCGGCGAAGGAUUAAAGCGCUUGAUUUUUUGUCUCCCAUUUGCGUUUAGUUUAUUACCUUCAUUCAUUUGCUUGUUAACUCCUCAUUCUUCUUUCAAACGCAGAUGUGCAACGGAUUUCUUCGAUCAUACUUAUUAAAUACACAUUCAAAUGGGAUGCUCGUUGCUAGAGCAACCAUCCGCGGUAAUGACCAGGAUGGAAGGAUGCAUUUCAAGAGUUUGUUUUAAAUGAUACCUUCACUAGAAUCGAAACUGGUGAUUGUGAUGCAGCGGUCGUCAAGAGGGACAGUAUGAGAAACAUGUGACAAUGUAAAAGCAAAUGAAAUCUGUCCAUCGCGCGUAUAUGUUUGUUUUAUUUUUCCGUAAAACGAUGCAAACAAUUUUUGUAAGAUUAAAUGAAUAUGAAUGAUUUAAUUUGAGGAAAUGAAAAGUAGACUACAUUUAUGAUUAGCAUUGCUCCCCAUUAGAUUUAAUCCAAUGAAAGCCACCCAAAA